AUGCGCCUUUGCCUUCAAGUCUUGUGCGCAGGAAUUGCGGCCACACUCGUAAACGCGGUUUCGCUUACUGUUGAAGACCCAACUCCCAAAGCACUAAGGGGGGCAUCAACCGCCGACGUAACCGUCGACACUAAUCGUAAUCUAGCGACCACUGACGUUCAUACCGAGACAUCGAGCGAAAAUCACGUUUCAGCUACCCCCAAAGUAAAAAAAGUUCGUGAAAAUCGCUUGUGGAGUGAUGACGACGAUAGUGAUAUUCUCAGUGAUGACUUCAGCAUUGACUACAGCGAUGACAUAAGCGAUGACUACAGCUAUGAUUCGAAGGAGGCCAUUACAGCUAUCACCACGUCCCCGACGCCAACUAUUAGGCUGUAA